AUGCUUCUUCCUCUUGUUGCCUCCUCCUCUGCAUCCACCGCCUCCGCCGGCUUCUUCUCCGGCUCCGGCCGCUCCUUCCUCCGAGAUGCUUCUAUCGUCCCACAUCACCACACCCACCACACCUCCAGCUCCGGCUGCAGGAGCUUAAUUCAGGGCGUGAGCAAGGUGGGGUUGCGGUAUGGAUCGAAUCCCCUCCUCCUACGCUCGUCGUUGGCCCCUCCUCCGUCGCAUCAUUGCUUCCGACGAGCACCCGCCGGCGGCAGAACAGUCGUCGUUGCAGCAGCAGCAGCUGCUGCUGCUGCUGCUGACAGCAACUACUGCCUAACAGCAAAAGAUAUACGUUGUGUGGUGAUGGACAUCGAGGGCACCACCACCCCCAUCUCCUUCGUCGCCGACGUGCUCUUCCCCUACGCGCGCGCCAACGCCCGCGCCCACCUCGCUGCCACAUACCACACCCAGCAGACCCGGGAAGAUGUCGCCCUACUCCGCGCACAAAUCGACGAGGAUCUGGCAGAGGGGGUCACCGGCGCCGUCGCACUCCCACCGCCCGACGACAUCGACCAGGACAAGACCAUCGAUGGCCUGGUGGCCAACGUGCAGGCCAUGAUCGACGCGGACCGGAAGCUCACGGCGCUCAAGCAGCUGCAGGGCCGCGUGUGGCGGCGGGGCUUCGAGAGCGGCGAGAUCAAGGGGGAAGUCUACGACGACGUCGUCCAAGCUCUCGCGGAGUGGGACGCGAAUGGCAUCAAGAGCUACAUCUACUCCAGUGGCAGCAGGGAGGCGCAGCGGCUCAUCUUCGGCAACACCGCCGCCCACGGUGACCUCCGGCGAUACCUCUCCGCCUUCUUCGACACCAACGUCGGUGGCAAGAAAGAGUCUCGCAGUUACUACGAGAUCUGGCAGACUCUCGGCGUCGACAGCCCGUCCCAGAUACUCUUCCUGACCGAUGUCUACCAAGAAGCCACCGCCGCAAGGGAUGCAGGUCUUGAGGUGCUAAUAUCGAUCAGGCCUGGAAACGCGCCGCUUCCUGAGGAUCACGGCUUCCAGACCAUCACGUCGUUUGCUCAAAUCGCCACCUGA